AUGUCAUAUAUCGAAUCAAAACCAAAAAAUUAUGAUGAUAACUCAAUUAUCGUAUAUAAUGAAUUAAAACAUCAAUUUGAAAUAGAUGUUGAAGAUGAAACUCUUCGUCGCAUGAAUUGGAAAAAUCCAGAUAUCAAAGAUAGUUAUGACUUUAAAUUAAUUUACAACGAAGUUAAGGAUAGAAACUUGAAUUAUUCUUCUGUAAUUGCAAAAUUCGAUUCCAACAUUAAACUUAAAAAUUAUGAAAAUUCUGAAUAUUUCAAAUAUAUCGUCAAUCGUGAGAGUAUGAGACAAUAUAGAGAAUUAAAAGAAAUUAAAAAAUCUUCUUCUUUAUUACUUUUUC